GACUUGGCUGAACAGAAAAAAUAUGAAAGUGGCAAAAAAGUCGUUCUUUUCACAUCUCCUGAAUUUGCAGAGACGACAACCCAAGAAAAAGUUGAAAUAGAUGAUUCUGUAGAAGUGAAUAGGGUUAAUACGAAUCAACAAAUUGCAAUAUCAACCUCUGUAUCAACACAAGUCGGUGAAAAUAUUGAUCCAUAUAUUAUGAAAGAGUCUACUAACCCAAUAUCAACAGGUCAAAAUAGUCAAGAUAAAAAUGACGAAUUGUAUCAUCAACGUUCUUCUACAGAACAGCAACAAGGAUUAUCUACAAGUAAUCCGAAUACACCAUCCACUGAUACGCCAAAGAGCAAGGAGAAAAAAGGAAUAUUUAAUAAGUUAUUUAAAUUUAAUAAAAAGAAAGCUACGCAACCUAAACAACAAAACAAUAAUAGGUCCAGAUCUAAUUCACAGUCUCCUCAGUUUAAUCCUCAACAACAAAUACAACAAAACUCUCAUAAUCAAGCUUCUCAGGAAUACCAUGUUCUUCGCGUUUUUGCUGGUCAAAAUUUACCUACCAAUUUCGAUUCUAAAAUUGUAUUAUUAAAUAAAUCUUCAAAUACAACUUCUCUUAUAAAACAAGCGAUACAUAGAUUUAAAUUAGAUGAUGAAAACUUUGAUAAUUAUUAUAUUUCUAUAAAAGAAAUAAAUAAGGAUGAGAAAAUUUUAAUGCCAGACCAAAUUCCACUUGAUAUUUUCUCCUCGUUAAUUUCAUCUUAUUCAACUACAAUACCAUCUAUUAAGAGAUCAUCAGUUUCAUCAACUCUUUCAAAUAUAUCUGAUGAUGAAUCAAUCAAGAGACUACAAUUAUAUGAUGGUCUAAAUACUGUUUGUUUAUGUUUAAAUAGAAAAGCAAAACUUGGUGAAAAGAAAUUGCGUGUUCGUGUUCUUAUUUAUUUGGACGAUUUACCUGUUCGUCUUCGACCUACAAAAGUUACCGAAUCUCGUGUAUCUAUGUCUGUACCUAAGCAUCUUGCCGAAAAGGCUGCAAGAAGACGUUCAAAAGAAGAAGCAAAAGCAAAAGAAAAAACCUUGAUCGUGCCAGCGAAUGCAACCGCUAGACAAGUUAUAGAAAAAACGAUGGCCAAAAUGGAUAUCACUGAAGGCAUUGUUGACGAUGGUGAAAGAGUACAUGAUAACGAUGAAAGAUUACGUUAUCAACUUAUGAUUAUAGUUGAUGGUGAAGAAAAACUUGUUAAUCCAAAUAUUAAUAUAGUUGCGGUCUACUCAUCACCACCGGAUAUUCGACAUUUUUCAAUGGAUUCGAUAGAUUCGGCAUCAUCUUUGGCAUUAGAUUAUCGUCCUGAUGAGUCUAUAUUUGUUUUAAGACUUUUAAGACAAGAAGAACGGCAGCAACGUGCAAUGCCAUCAGUUGAAGAAGUAAAACGUUAUACUCAAGAUGUUAGGACAGCAGAAUUAAGAAUUAAUCAGGAAUUAAAGGAUAAAGAAGAUGAAGUAUCGAAAAAAGAGCUUAUUGAACGACAACGUCAAUAUAGUCAAGCAAAGCAAAGAUCUAUUAUUUCGGCACGGAAAAAUCAAGAACAAGGUGUCGAUAUUGUUACUGAUAUGGGUUCUAUUCGAAGUUCACGUGUUUUUGGUGAUAGAGUACGAUAUUCUUUUAUUUCGACGGGAGGUGAUACGUUUGAUAUUAGCAAACUCAUUGAUGAUAUUUUGGGUGAUGAUGAAUUAUUAAACAUAAACGAUUCAAUGGAUAAUCAAUCACAAUUAGAUCAAAACGAUGGUUCUGCAGAGUCAUUAAAAAUUAAUGCCAAAAAACAAAGACGGAAAAGUACAACACAAGAAGUUGAUAUUUUAGAGAAACUAAUGAUUAAUCAAAGUAAUGAAGAAGAAAUGGGAACUAAACUUGAUCAAGUAUUGAAAAAGGUUAAGGCUGGUCAAUAUGAAGGUGGUGAAAUUCCAAGCAUUACUUCUGCACUUCGUAGCAAUAAAAAUGAAAUAUCACAAACUUCACAAAGUUCACAAAAUUCACAAACUUCACCAACUUCACAAAAUUUACAAAAUUUACAAACUUUACAAUAUAAACACGAUAUCUCCGUUAGUAAUGCUGGAGAUAUAACAGGCGGUUUAUUACCUAUUACUAUUGAUAAUACCUUAUCUCAAGAUAUGAUUGAUAAACAAAGUAUUAUUGGGUCAACUGCCUCACUUUUAGAGAACGAUUGGGUUUUGUCAGAUGAUUUUGGGUUGCAAGAACUUUUAGUACUUGUUAGAUCAGGAGUAAACAUGUUGGAAAUUAAGCAAAGGAGGAGAAGCGGAUGGCAUUUACAUGAUGAUCCUGAAAAAAUUCUUGAACGGAUUAAUCCUGCAGAAAUUAGAGAUGAAAUUAAAUCAGUAUUUGAGAGUGUAAAUCAAGAACUUGAUAUGUUAGAGUUGGAAUUGGAUCGAAUGAUGAUUGAUGCUAUAAGAGUUUUUUAA